AUGGCUGAACCAGGAGUUGAAGGAAUGAGAGAAAUCUGCAAACAUGGAGAUCUCGUGCUCGUCGUCGGCCCAGAAAAGCUGAAGCUACAAGUCUUGUCUGGCGUCCUCCGGAACAGUUCAAGAGUCUUUGAUGCAAUGCUUGGCCCAAACUGGAAGGAAGGAGGUGCGGCAAAGGUAGGGCUGCCCGAAGAUAAUGGGAUUGCGAUGCGUCACAUAUGCCUGGCCCUGCAUUGCCGACUUCCCAUUCCUCUUGAAACACUCGAUUCAAAUACCUUACUCAAGAUUGCAGCCCUUUCAGACAAAUAUUUUCUCAAUGAAGCUCUAUUCUACGCAGCAAAGUUUUGGUUAGAGCAAAGCACCUCGGACCCCCAUGCGCUCAUGGAGCUUACCACCGCGGCUUACCUUUUCCGAAACGCAAAUGCAUUCAAAACCCUCACCAAAGAAUUGGUACUCAAUUACUCAUAUCCAUAUCUUGGGCUCUUGACCACAGAGAUCUCUCAAUGGCUGGACUUGACUGUACUGUCGCAUUUGGAGUUUGCGCGAGCCCAUCUUCACCUUUGCAUUUCCGAUGUGCUCUUGCAGGAGUUCCAAGAUGCCGAAGACUACGACCACUCCGGCGAGACAUGGAUGGGAACAACGACUGUCAAUUUUCGCCGGAAAGAUACAAAAGAGGGUGCAUUCGUUUGA